AUGGCACCACCAAAAGCAGACUGGGAUAAAUACAUAGCUCCGGCAGAAGAUGACGAAAAAGAUCAAGAAAAAAUAACUCCACUUUCAGAAAGUGAUAUUCAAGUAUUAAAAACUUAUGGAGCAGCACCAUAUGCCUCUUCCAUUAAAACAAUUGAAAAAGAUCUUAAAGAUAUAGAAGAAAGAAUUAAGGAAAAUAUAGGAAUAAAAGAAAGUGAUACUGGUUUAUCACCACCACAUUUAUGGGAUGUUUUAGGUGAUAAACAAAGAAUGUCUGAAGAACAAUCAUUACAAGUUGCAAGAUGUACAAAAAUAAUAGAAGCUAUACAACAAGCUAUACCUACUUCAGGUUUACAAAAUGCAGAUACAAAAUCAAAAUAUGUUAUUAACAUAAAACAAAUUGCUAAAUUCGUUGUAGGUUUGGGGGAAAGAGUAUCACCAACAGAUAUUGAAGAAGGUAUGAGAGUUGGAGUUGAUAGACAUAAAUACGAAAUUCAAUUACCUUUACCACCAAGAAUUGAUCCCUCGGUGACCAUGAUGACAGUCGAAGAAAAACCAGAUGUUACAUAUUCUGAUGUUGGAGGAUGUAAAGAACAAAUUGAAAAAUUAAGAGAAGUUGUUGAAUUACCUUUAUUAAGUCCUGAAAGAUUUGUUAAAUUAGGUAUUGAUCCACCAAAAGGUAUAUUACUUUAUGGACCACCAGGUACAGGUAAAACAUUAUGUGCAAGAGCUGUGGCGAAUAGAACUGACGCAACUUUUAUAAGAGUUAUUGGAUCAGAAUUAGUACAAAAAUAUGUUGGAGAAGGUGCAAGAAUGGUUAGAGAAUUAUUUGAAAUGGCAAGAACUAAAAAAGCAUGUAUUAUAUUUUUUGAUGAAGUUGAUGCAAUUGGAGGAGCAAGAUUUGAUGAUGGAGCUGGAGGAGAUAAUGAAGUUCAAAGAACAAUGUUGGAAUUAAUUACUCAAUUAGAUGGAUUUGAUCCAAGAGGUAAUAUUAAAGUUAUGUUUGCAACAAAUAGACCAAAUACUUUAGAUCCUGCAUUAUUAAGACCUGGUAGAAUUGAUCGUAAAGUUGAAUUCUCAUUACCUGAUUUAGAAGGUAGAGCUAAUAUAUUUAGAAUUCAUUCCAAAACUAUGAGUUGUGAAAAAGAUAUUAGAUGGGAAUUAAUAGCAAGAUUAUGUCCAAAUGCAACAGGUGCAGAAUUAAGAUCUGUUUGUACAGAAGCUGGUAUGUUUGCUAUAAGAGCAAGAAGAAAAGUUGCAAAUGAAAAAGAUUUCUUAAAAGCUGUUGAUAAGGUAAUAAAAGGUAAUUUGAAGUUUAGUUCAACAAGUGAAUAUAUGCAAUAUAAUUAA